AUGAUUGUCCAACAGGUGCAGGGACAUUCGGCAUGCACACCAGUUGUGCAGUCCCAUAGUCCUGCAGGGAAUGGGCUGAGAGUUCCAGUGGCCAAGUGCGUGUCACCAGAGGACGCGACAUGUCCGACAUCCAUUGCCAUUCGUGCGAUUCCUACCCCGAGUCGCUCAUUGGCUGGGAAUUCCAUGAAGGGAGCAACCAAAUUGGGUUUUAGCCCCUCAGUUCAUUCAGCUCAGGCACCUUCAGCGCUUACUUCUGUGAGAUGCACCCCACGGUCACGGCAGCCUCCAACGCCAAGAAGUCCAUGCAGCAGUUGGGUUCCUCCCCGCGCGUUGCAGGUGCAGGUGAAACCACAGGCUUCAAUCACACCGCCUUUGGUGGCCACACCCAUGAAGUCUUGGAAUCCACAUCCUGUGGCUCAGGUUGUGCGGCAGGAACCUGGCAGAGACGUGGACAAAUACGGGGCAAGACCAAUCCAAUCGCGGUCUUGGGUCCCACCAUCCACUCCCAGGCGUGAAGUUCGUGGACCACCAAACUCAUGGAUCCCCCCCGCAGUGCAACACAUGCCCUCAAUGCGUCCUCCUAUGCCUGCAGCAAAUGGAGGGACCAACAGCAUUGGAUUCCAAGGAGGCUAUCACCAUGUGCAGACACCUUGUGGUUCAGGGGCUUCAGCAGGAUGUCCACCAAGGAUUCAACGAGUCUUGGAGACGCAGAGUCCCAUGACUUACGGCCAAUCUUCUGGGAACAACGGUACGAAAGCCCUGUCUUACUGUCCCUCUUUGGUCAUUGACCGGCGGUGUGCGACAGGUGGGCUGCCCGGCUGCCAGACAAUGGUUGCAGAACCAUACCAAGAAUUGACGUCCUUGCAAGUUUCCAUGCACAGGGGGGCCCAAAGCCACGUGCUUCCCUCCUGCCCGUCACUUGUUGCUCCCGUUUACGCUCCGUCGAAGCAACGGCCUCAACCUGCAGUCCUGCAAAUUGCGUCAGCCUUUCACUCACGACAACACCCAGCUAAGAUGAGCACUGGAAUUCCAAACGCCGAUGCUGUUUUGGAGGGAAUUGACUACGUUGGCAUUGCCGAUGGGGUGUCAGGAGUUCACUCUUUGGGGCUCACUCCAGAUGCCCUGCCUUGGGAAUUGCUGCGCUAUUGUGGAAAAGGUUUGUUUGCAGCUGCUGCCAAAGGUGAGCCGCGAGUGAAGAAGACGGAGAAGCAUGGAAAGCAAAUGCAACAGAUGGGCGAGUGGUUGAUCCAACUGAUCCAAGAGGCUUUUGACACCACUGAGGAGUACGGUGCCACCACACUGCUGCUGGCUGCCAUCAAAGGUAGCAAUCUUGUCACAGCCUGUUUAGGUGAUAGUGGGAUCCUUAUCCUCAGGCCAGUGGCUUUUUAUCCUCUGCAGCUGCAGCCAAUCUUCAAGACAGAGCCUGGCCGUUUUGAUGCUCGUCGACCUGUGCAAAUCCAACGCUUACAUGGUUGCGAUGUGGCUAGUGCCCAUGAAGUGAUCAGCUCUGCAAAUAUUGGCGCCACCCCAGUGAGGCCAGGUGAUAUUUUGAUUUUGGGCACGGAUGGGUUGUUCGACAACCUGUCAGACAAGCACAUCAAAGAAGCUAUUGAAAGAUUCUACCAUUCAACGGAGGCAACAGGCUCCAGUGAAGAACUAGGUCAGGUCGCCUCACUUCUUGUUGAUUUGGCCAUCCGUAAUGUCAAGUUGGACAAGAAAAAUGCUGACAAUCCGCCAUGGCAGCGGAACGCUACCUCUGUCCCAGCGAACAAUGCUGAUGACACCACGGCCUUAGUGGCUAUGAUCAAGGCUGAAGGCUCCGAGUUUGGGAAUGCUCACCCGUGCUUUCCUAGGAGAGGUGAUACGGCUCACUUGUUCGGCGAAACCGAUGUGGAUCCGGGAAGGAUGGCAUUAGAUCGAACACAUCGAGAUUUGUCGAAGAGCGUUCAGUUCAGCCGUGGAGCCUCAAAGCGAGAACAUAGCCAGAACUGCGUUGUGUCAUGAGUUGUUGGGUUGUUCCGGCGAUGAUUUUCAGAUAAUUCGAUGCAAACACGAAAACCAAGAUGGGUGAGGCACAAAGCGGAG